CCGCUCUCCGGCGGCUCAAGCUGGGCGGUGCCGUAGGGCCCGGCGGAGCAUUUCCUCUUCCUCCCGGAGCAGGAGGAAGGGGCCGGCAGCUUUCCAACGCGGCGCAGGCGGGCAGUCCCGCCGCCGCCGUCGCUGCGGCAGCGGGCGAGGCGGAGGGGAGCGGGCAGGGGGCGGCGCCUGCAGCCGGCGGGGCCCGGAGUCACCGUGUCACGGCGCCCAGGAAGCCACCGCCGCCGGAUCCGCCCCUCGCGAAGCGAAGGAAGGAGGGAGGAGGAGCAGGAGGAGGGGAGGGAGGCCGGCUCCUCGCUGUCUCUUGUAUAUUUGCCCCCUUUCAGCCCUCCCCCUGGACCCGCUCCCCUCGCACCGGGGCUCCGUGCGCGCGGUGGCGGUGGUGGCGGCGGGGGGCCAGGCCGCAGCGGCGCCCAAGCAGCCCGCGGGAGCCCCGGGACGGGCCUGGGCCGCCGCCUCCGGACUAGGAUGUCCCGACAUGAAGGUCAGAUUUGGUCUACCCCCACCACUUCUGCUAUGUCCUGGUGCCAGAUUCUUUUUGGGAGGCAAUGUUUCUUGUCUUGACUGACAAGAGGUGCUGUCUCUGGUGUCAGCUGUGAUGCAUGUUUAAAAGGAAAUUUUCGAGGUCGACGAUUCAAGUGUUUAAUUUGCUACGAUUACGAUCUGUGUGCAACUUGUUAUGAAAGUGGUGCAACAACAACGAGGCAUACAACUGACCACCCGAUGCAGUGCAUACUAACGAGAGUAGAUUUUGAUUUGUACUAUGGUGGAGAAGCUUUCUCUGUAGAGCAGCCACAGUCUUUCACUUGUCCUUAUUGUGGGAAAAUGGGUCACACAGAAACAACUCUUCAAGAACACGUUACUUCUGAGCACGCGGAAACAUCAACAGAAGUGAUUUGUCCAAUAUGUGCAGCAUUACCUGGAGGGGAUCCUAAUCACGUCACAGAUGACUUUGCAGCUCAUCUUACACUGGAACACAGAGCUCCUAGAGAUUUAUAUGAUGAAUCCAGUGGUGUUCGGCAUGUACGUCGAAUGUUUCACCCAGGUCGGGGAUUGGGGGGCCCUCGUGCACGUAGAUCAAACGUGCACUUUACUAGCAGUUCCCCUGGAGGGCUUUCAUCUUCUCAGAGUUCAUAUUCUCCAAGCAAUAGAGAAGCCAUGGAUCCUAUAGCUGAGCUUUUAUCUCAGUUAUCAGGCGUGAGGCGUUCUGCAGGAGGACAGAUCAAUUCCUCUAGCCCUUCUGCUUCUCAGUUACAGCAGCUGCAGAUGCAACUGCAGUUGGAACGACAACAUGCACAAGCAGCGAGACAACAACUGGAGACUGCACGCAAUGCAACUAGACGCACCAACACGAUCAAUGUCAACGCCACUAUUACACAAUCUGCAACAACAACCAACACAUCUAACACGGAAAACAGUCAGCAGACUAUCCAGAAUUCCCAGUUUCUUCUUACAAGGUUGAAUGAUCCGAAGAUGUCAGAAGCAGAGCGUCAGUCAAUGGAAAGCGAGCGGGCGGACCGCAGCCUGUUUGUUCAAGAGCUUCUACUGUCCACUUUGAUGCAAGAAGAAAGUUCCUCCUCAGAUGAGGAUGAGAGGGGGGAGAUUGCCGAUUUUGGUGCUAUGGGCUGUGUAGAUAUUAUGCCUCUAGAUGUUGCUUUAGAAAACCUAAAUUUAAAAGAGAGUAAUAAAGGAAACGAGCCUCCUCCACCUCCUCUUUGAUGACAUCCCACUUUGCAGACAAUGUCCUCUGUGCUGUAUUUGCCAAUGAAAGUGGACAACAACUAUCUUGGGUUUGUUUUGGUGAUUGUAAUUUCAGGUCUGUCACUCUUGUUACGUUGUGUACAUUAAAAAGAAAGAGAGAAAAGAUAUAUAUGAUAAUCAUUUCCACUUAACUAAUUUUUACUUCUAGCAGGUAAAUGUAGGUUGCGGUGCGGAGCAAAAGGCUCUGUGUCCUGUACCUUGACAUGCAAAAGGCUCUCCUAAUACUCCACAUUCAAACUGAAGAGGAAAAAAAAACAACACAAAAAUGAAAAAUCUCUAAUGAAGCUGCUGUGUGUAUUUAUGAAUAUUAAUGAAUAAAAAAUGCUUGGAUGGUUUACCUUAACUACUGCAUGACGUUUUUUGCAGCGUGCAUGAGUUUUAGUGACCUUGUCAUUUAAAGAUUUUAAAUACAAGGAAGUAAAACUAUAAAACCCAAAGCUGUCCCAUCAUUCAGAGGUUACCCAACGAAAAGGUUAAGCGCGGUCCGCAGCCGCAAAGUAGCUUUUGAAUAAUACCCGACCGAAUGGCAUCUGACGUGCUGCUCCCGCACAGGUUGGAAGCUGCAGUGGGUCGUAUUGAUGUGAGCAGGGUGUGGCGUUUGCUGUGCUGUCAUCACUUUGUUGCCCUGUUGGCCAUCAGGGCAGCGUGGAGCUGAACUGCAUUGUUAUGCGUCCAUAGGAGGCACAACAAUAAGGGCCACUGCUGGAAGCUACUGCAGAGGGCUUUGUGUGCCCCAAAAUCAAACGGUGUUUGCUUUUUGUUUAAAGUUUGUUUUUUUGUGGUUGUUAAUUUCCUUAUUGUUAAACAUGUUUUGUUCAGGUGUAGAUGAUUCAUAUAUUCACUGUGUUUUUGGAGGAAAAAAAAAAGAAAAAAGGAAAAAAAAGGUUAACCUGGAUCAUGUUGUCUUAGUUUAAAAAGCCUUUCACAGCCUGGCUCAUGUUUUGAGUUAUUUAUGUAUUUGCUUCAUAGUUUGCAGAGACCUGGUAGUAUCAGGAGAGCUUGAAGGUUUGGAUCCCCAGAUAGUCCCCGUAUUGCAAAGAAAUUAUUACUGCUAACUUCAGCACCUUCUAUUUAUUGUUUCUUUCGGUUACUUUUGCUGGUGUAAGAAAAAAAAAAAAAAACACAAAAAAACCCCAAGUUUUAAAAGCCUUGUAGUGGAGUUGUGCCACCUGUGCGCCUGUACUGCUCGCCUUCCCGGCUUCAACAAAAGGAAGCGCAGUGAUGUGUGCACCCACACCUGUAAUUGCACCGAGGCAGGGGCAGGAGGAGCGCGUUUGGUAUCAGCUUGCUUUCCUGUUUUGUUUUGUUUUGUUUUGUUUGUUUCUCUAAGUGUAAAGUUAGGAUCAUAAGAACAGAAGUGCACACAGCUUCGGAUACUUAAAAAAAAACCAACACAAACCAACAAUGAAGAAAGCCCAGGCUUAUCUCAUAUUGGUGUCCUCCCAGCCUUCCUCACCUCCCCCUCCCUCUCUGUCUGUCCACCCAUCUCUGCAGCGCUGCUCGCAUUAGAGUAAACCUACAGACACGAACACCGGGCGGUGUUCCCAGCAGAACUGCGUCGUGUGUGCUAACCCCAAUCUGCCGCAGCUAAAGAAGCAAACCCCCAACACUGACUUCAACUCACCCUUUUUUUGUUGUUGUUUUUUGUAAAUCCUCAAAUCCUGGUUGUUCCCCCCUAGAGAAGUACGAGCUUUGCUUCCUUCUAGUCUCUGCAACAGAAACAUGUCUCAAGGGAAACUUUACCUGCGGACUCUGGUUAUCCCUAAGGUUACCCCGACUUUGUUUUCUUUUUUGAUUGAUUGUUGAGGAUUUUCAAAAGAUUUUCGAGCUGUAGUCUUUACAACCACAUCUUCUGCACAUUACAGUAAGACACGCGGUUCAAUAAAGCAUUUUCAAGACUGUU